AUGGACACGCCCGGCGUGCUGCACCGGCCGGAGGACGAGCGAAACGCGAUGGAGGGGCUCACACUCGCGGCGGUGCAGCUCCUCCCGUCGGCCGUCUUUGUCAUGGACCUGUCCGGCACCUGCGGCGAGCAGUCGGCGCCGAGGCUGCAGCUCAUGGUGCGGGAGCAGAUCCGCGCCGCCUUCCCGCGCCGGCCAUGGCUGGACGUGCGCUCCAAGGCGGACCUCCCGCUCGCCGAGGGCCUGGCCGCCGAGGACGUGCCGCCCGGGACGCUCGACGUCUCCGUGCACGAGGGACGCAACGUCGCCGAGCUCGCUGCACACAUGGCGCAGAUGGUGAGCCGCGUCCCGGGACGGAAGCCAGGGCCGCCGUCAUGA